AUGUCUGGCAUCAAGCGCAAAGCCGAGCUACAAGUUCCCAUUACAGAUGAAAACGAUCUUCUCAAGAUCACACCGCUUGGAUCUGGCAACGAAGUAGGCAGAUCGUCCAUCUUGUUGGAAUACAAGGGAAAGACCAUCUUGCUUGAUGCUGGUAUCCACCCUGCUUACAAUGGUCUGGCUUCUCUGCCGUUCUUUGAUGAAAUGGAUCCUGCAAGCAUUGAUGUGCUCUUGGUGACUCAUUUCCACGUCGAUCAUGCUGCGUCGGUGCCAUACCUCAUGGAAAGAACUACAUUCAAGGGCCGUGUAUUCAUGACACAUCCUACAAAGGCCAUCUACAAGUGGCUGUUGAGUGAUUAUCUGCGUGUUAGUAACAUUGGCGACGAGGAUCAAUUGUACAGUGAGGAGGAUUUGCUCAACUCAUUUCACCGCAUUGAAGCAGUUGAUUAUCACCAGCAGGUAGAGGUGGAAGGCAUCAAAUUCACCAGUUUCAAUGCUGGACACGUCCUUGGCGCAGCCAUGUUUCUGAUCGAGAUUGCUGGUGUCAAGGUUUUGUAUACUGGCGACUAUUCAAGAGAAGAAGAUAGACAUUUGAUGGCUGCUGAGAAGCCAGAAGGAGCAGUCGAUGUCUUGAUUACAGAGAGUACGUAUGGUGUGCAGAGUCAUGAGCCUAGAAUUGCAAAGGAAUCUCGCUUUACUUCUCUCAUCCACAAUAUUGUUGGACGUGGAGGACGCUGUUUGAUGCCCGUGUUUGCUCUGGGUCGUGCACAGGAACUACUGCUGAUUCUCGAUGAGUAUUGGGAGGCACAUCCAGAGUUAGACAGCAUCCCCAUUUACUAUGCGUCCAGUUUGGCCAAGAGAUGUAUGGCCGUCUAUCAGACGUAUAUUAACAUGAUGAACGCUCGUAUCCGCAAACAAUUCGCCAUCUCCAAUCCAUUUGUGUUUAAACAUAUCAGCAAUCUCAAGAAUGUGGAACAGUUUGAGGAUUCAGGACCCUGUGUGAUGAUGGCAAGCCCUGGUAUGCUUCAGAAUGGUUUAUCAAGAGAGUUGUUUGAACGAUGGGCUCCAGACAAGAAGAAUGGUCUAGUGAUUACAGGUUACUGUGUAGAGAAUACAUUAGCGAGACAAGCCAUGAACGAACCCUCAGACUUUCAGGCCAUGGAUGGCCGCAAGGUGCCGUUGAAGAUGUCGGUAGACUACAUCUCCUUCUCUGCCCAUGUCGAUUUCACUCAAAACAGCAAGUUUAUUGACGAUGUUAAAGCACCUCAUGUGAUCUUAGUCCACGGUGAGGCCAAUGCCAUGUACCGUUUGAAAUCUGCUCUCCAGAGCAAAUACUCUGAAAGGGAGGAAAAUGUCACCAUCUACACACCCAAGAACUGUGAUACUGUCAAAUUACAUUUCCGUGGUGAAAAGAUGGCCAAGACCAUUGGUAGACUGGCUGCCAAGUAUCCUACAGAGAAUCAGCCUUUGAACGGCGUGCUUGUGGUAAAGGAUUUCCAGCUGAAUAUCAUGAGUCCUGAAGAUCUGAACGAAUUGGGAGGUUUGAUCACAACAGUGGUAACACAGCGUCAAGUUGUGCCAUUCAAUGCGGGCAUUGGCCUUUUGAAAUGGCAUCUGGAGAUGAUGUUUGGCACUAUUACAGAGUCUGAGUUAGGGGAAGGUGAUGGUGCUGGUAAUCAACAGGGAACCGUGCUUCGCGUGUUUGAUACCAUUGAUAUCAAAAAGUUGACUUCAAGCCCGAAUCAAGUGACACUGGAGUGGAUUGGCAAUGCUAUGAAUGACAUGGUGGCUGAUUCCGUGCUUGCUGUUUUAUUGUCUAUUGAUAGUUCUCCUGCUAGUGUCAAAGCGAGCUCUCAACCAUGCUCUCAUAGCCACGGCUCGCCUAAAUCUGAAGAAACCGAAGCAUUAGAGAAGGCGGAGCAGUUGGACAAGGAGUUUUUAGAUAUUGCUUCUUUCUUGGAGGCACAAUUUGGAGAGGUUGAGAUGAAUGAAAAGGAAAAGAAGAUCACAGUCAAUAUGGACGGCAUUGCAGCAACUGUAGAUACACUUGAAUUCGCGGUCGAUUCUGAAAAUGAAGCUUUUAAAAAACGAGUAUCUGAUAUAGUGGAUCGAGUCAAGAUGGCCAUGAAGCCCAUUUCAAAUCUCCACGAAUGCUUUGCAUAA